GGUUCGCGCUGUGGCCGGCGCAGCUUCCCUCAGGGCGUCGCGGUGGUGUCGCUGCCGGCCAGGCUCCCCGGUAUGCCGAGAGGCUCCCCGACCCUCCCCGGAGGCGCCGCCGUCUCGGAGGCCGGGUGGAUGGAGGGGACUGCCAGGAUUGUGGAUAAGAACAUCUACAUCAUACAAGGUGAAAUCAAUACAGUAGUGGGAGCCAUAAAGCGCAGCGCAAGAUGGAGCACUCAUACACACAUGGAUGAAGAACGUGAUCCCCUGUUGCACAGCUUCAGUGUCCUGAAAGAAGUUCUCAAUAACAUAACAGAUCUUUCAGCAAUUGAGCCUAUUGUCUUUCUUCGGCCUUUCCUGGAAGUUAUCCGCUCUGAAGACACUACUGGCCCCAUCACUGGAUUGGCCCUGACAUCAGUGAAUAAGUUCCUAUCAUAUGCACUAAUAGAUUCUAACCAUGAAGGCACAGCUGAGGGAAUGGAGAACAUGGCAGAUGCUGUCACACACGCCCGGUUUGUGGGCACAGACCCUGCGAGUGAUGAGGUGGUCCUGAUGAAGAUCUUGCAGGUCUUGAGGACUUUACUCCUCACUCCUGUUGGAGCUCAUCUCACCAAUGAGUCCGUGUGUGAAAUCAUGCAAUCCUGCUUUCGUAUAUGCUUUGAGAUGAGGCUUAGCGAGUUAUUGAGAAAAUCUGCAGAGCACACUCUGGUUGACAUGGUACAGCUGCUCUUCACAAGGUUAUCUCAGUUCAAAGAAGAGCCUAAAAGCUAUGCAGGGACUAACAUAAAGAAGUUGAAAAUGAGAGCAGGAGGAAUGAGCGACUCGUCAAAAUGGAAGAAGCAGAAGCGAUCACCACGGACCUCUUGCCACGUAACCAAAGCAUCUCCAGGAUCAGAGCAGCCUACUUCCAACGGCACAGGCAUGUCAGGCAACAUAACAGCAGGUGGAGUCAGUUUUGUCGAUGUACCUUCUCCCAUCUCAUCUGGAAGUUCGGAAACUGCAUCUUCUGCAGUAAGCCCAUCUACUGACAGUGGCGUAGAGCUUUCUUCCCAGAUGAGCUCAAAAGAAGAUCUUACAGACUUGCAACUAGUCAACCCUUUGGGAAUCAGUGCAGCGAUGUCUUUAAGUGAGCCUAUGUGCAGAGAGCAGCUAGACCCCCAGAAUGAAUACUUCCCAGAAGAAAAGACCCCCUCUGCGUCCGUCGAGUCCAUCCCAGAAGUUCUAGAGGAGUGCACAUCUGCAAUUGAACACUCAGACCCCACUUCUGUCCAUGACAUGGACUAUGUAAAUCCCCGGGGAGUGCGGUUUACUCAGUGCUCUCAAAAGGAAGGCACAGCAUUAGUCCCUUAUGGGCUGCCUUGCAUCCGAGAACUCCUCCGUUUUCUCAUCUCCCUCACGAACCCACAUGACCGCCACAACUCAGAGGUGAUGAUCCACAUGGGGCUACAGCUGCUCACUGUUGCCUUGGAGUUGGCUUCUGUGACCAAGUGCCCAUCCCUCCUAGGACUCGUAAAGGAAGAGUUAUGUCGCUAUCUCUUUCAAUUGUUGAGUGUGGAGCGGCUCAAUUUGUACUCAGCUUCCCUUCGAGUUUGUUUCCUCCUCUUUGAAAGUAUGAGAGAGCACCUGAAAUUCCAACUGGAGAUGUACAUAAAGAAGUUGAUGGAGAUAAUCACUGUAGAAAACCCCAAGAUGCCUUAUGAGAUGAAGGAGAUGGCCCUGGAGGCCAUAGUUCAACUCUGGAGAAUUCCUAGUUUUGUCACCGAGCUCUAUAUCAACUAUGACUGUGACUACUACUGUGCUAAUCUUUUUGAAGAUCUCACCAAACUGCUCUCCAAGAACGCCUUUCCCGUUUCUGGACAACUGUACACCACUCACCUGCUGUCCCUUGAAGCACUGCUGACAGUAAUUGAUAGCACUGAAGCACAAUGCCAAGCCAAAGUACUGAGCAGCAUCUACCAGCAGGAGAAGGAUGCUUUGAAAUUGAAAACAGAAAAUGCUUGCAGUAUCAAAGAAACCAGCCACAUUGCUGAGGGGCGAUUGACAGAAGGCAACCCCCCCAAUCCAGAAUUGUUAGAGGCGCGUCCAUCCCCAAAUGGCUGCUCGGUGGCCGGCCACUUGAAGCAACAAGGCUCUCUGAAUGUGGAGAUGGGAAAUGAUGCAGUGGAGAAGACCAUGCCAAAGAAGCCUACCCGCUUUUCCUGCCUCCUGCCUCCAACACGUGAACUGAUAAAAAUUAAGAGUAAAAAGAAGCUCUUGAUAAAUGGUUCGGAGCAAUUCAACCAAAAGCCAAAAAAGGGGAUACAGUUUCUGCAGGAGAAAAACCUUUUGGCUACCCCCAUGGAUAAUAACGAAGUGGCAAAGUGGCUGCGGGAGAAUCCUAGACUGGACAAGAAAAUGAUUGGGGAAUUUGUGAGCGACCGGAAGAAUGUGGACUUGCUGGAAAGUUUCGUGGGGACUUUCAGUUUCCCAGGCUUACGACUGGAUGAAGCCUUGAGACUCUACCUAGAAGCCUUCCGGUUGCCAGGAGAAGCGCCUGUAAUCCACAGGCUUUUGGAAGCCUUUACAGAACAUUGGCGAAAAUCAAAUGGGUCUCCAUUUGCUAACAGUGAUGCUUGCUUUGCCUUGGCCUAUGCAGUUAUUAUGCUAAAUACUGACCAACACAACCAUAAUGUUCGGAAACAGAGUGUACCUAUGACACUAGAGGAAUUCCGAAAAAACCUGAAAGGGGUCAAUGGAGGCAAAGACUUUGAACAGGACAUGCUGGAGGACAUGUACCAUGCCAUCAAAAAUGAAGAGAUAGUGAUGCCGGAGGAGCAGACAGGCCUUGUAAAGGAAAACUAUAUGUGGAGCGUGCUGUUGCAUCGCGGGGCCACUGACGAAGGCAUCUUUCUGCAUGUGCCACCUGGCAGCUACGACCACGACCUUUUUGCCAUGAUUUGGGGGCCGACUGUUGCUGCUCUCUCCUAUGUUUUUGACAAAAGCCUAGAUGAAACAAUCAUCCAGAAGGCACUCUCUGGUUUCAGAAAAUGUGCCAUGAUUUCUGCCCAUUAUGGCCUGAGUGAUGUUUUUGACAACCUCAUAAUUUCUCUCUGCAAGUUCACAGCCCUCAGCAGUGAGUCCAUUGAGAACCUGCCGACUGUUUUUGGAAGUAACCCAAAGGCCCACAUUGCGGCAAAGACGGUGUUUCACUUGGCUCAUCGCCAUGGUGAUAUUCUGCGGGAGGGCUGGAAAAAUAUCAUGGAGGCCCUGCUGCAGCUUUUCAGAGCAGAGCUGUUGCCAAAAACCAUGGUGGAGGUUGAAGAUUUUGUAGAUCCCAAUGGCAAGAUCUCUCUGCAGCGUGAGGAGACACCUUCGAAUCGGGGUGAGUCCACGGUGUUAAGUUUUGUUAGCUGGCUCACACUCAGCGGCCCAGAACAAUCUGGCAUGAGAGGGCCGUCUACAGAGAACCAGGAGGCAAAGCGAAUGGCCCUGGAGUGUAUAAAGCAAUGCGACCCCGAGAAGUUGAUCACUGAGAGCAAGUUUCUACAACUGGAGUCCCUCCAGGAACUAAUGAAGGCUCUGAUCUCUGUGACUCCUGAUGAAGAAACAUACGAUGAAGAAGAUGCUGCUUUCUGCUUGGAGAUGCUUCUGAGGAUCGUUCUGGAGAACAGGGAUCGUGUGGCCUUUGUGUGGCAGGCAGUGCGAGAUCACCUCUAUCACUUGUGUGUCAACGCUGUGGAAUAUUGCUUCCUAGUGGAGAGAGCAGUGGUGGGGCUGCUGCGUCUGGCAAUUCGGCUGCUCCGAAGGGAAGAGAUCAGUGCCCAGGUGCUGCUCUCCUUGCGUAUUUUAUUGAUGAUGAAGCCCAGCACGCUGAACAGGGUCAGCCACCAAAUUGCAUAUGGCCUUCACGAGCUCCUCAAGACCAAUGCAGCCAACAUCCACUCUGGAGAUGACUGGUACACACUCUUUACCCUCCUGGAAUGUAUUGGGUCAGGGGUGAAGCCACCCCCAGCUCUGCAGGCUACAGCAAGAGGCGAGAAUGACACAGGUGCUCAGUCAGACAGUGAGAUCUACCACCCAAAUGAAUCCAGCCUAGAUCGUGGCUAUACUUCUGAUUCAGAGGUGUAUGCAGAUCACAGCAAGCAAGGCAAAAUGCAUCGUUCCGUGACUGACGUAGAUGUGGUGAACAGUGGCUGGCUUGUGGUUGGAAAGGAUGACCUGGACAGUCCAAAAGCCAUCAUAGGACCCUCCAAGUUGGGCAGCUCACCCCUGGUGAAUCAGUACAGUCUGACAGUAGGGCUGGAUCUGGGCCCGCAUAAUACCAAAUCUCUGAUGAAGUGCGUGGAGUCUUUGUCUUUCAUUGUGCGAGAUGCUGCCCAUGUCACACCUGAGAACUUUGAGCUUUGUGUCAAAACCAUACGCAUCUUCGUGGAGGCCAGUCUAAAUGGAGGGUGCAAAUCACAGGAGAAGCGGGGGAAGAGCCAUAAGUAUGACCCCAAAACAGCCCGUUUCAAGAAGAAAGCCAAGGAGAGGCACUCGAGGGGCUCCAGCCAGCACCAGCACCGCUCUCCCAGUGAUGAGGAGGAAGAGGAUGAGAGCGUCCCUGCCAGUUACCACACGGUGUCUUUACAGGUUAGUCAGGACCUGCUGGACCUAAUGCACACCCUACACACGCGAGCUGCUAACAUCUACAACUCCUGGGCAGAGGAGCAGCGCCAUCUAGAGGCCACAAGGAAGAAGAUUGAAGCAGACUCUCAGACACUGUGGGCCAAUUGCUGGUGCCCGCUCCUGCAAGGUAUCGCCUGCUUGUGCUGCGAUGCACGACGGCAAGUGCGGAUGCAGGCCCUGACCUACCUGCAGCGGGCGCUCCUUGUCCAUGACCUGCAGGCCCUGGAUGCCUUGGAAUGGGAAUCCUGCUUCAAUAAGGUGCUCUUUCCUUUGCUGACCAAACUCUUGGAAAACAUUAGCCCAGCAGAUAUUGGUGGGAUGGAGGAGACCAGAAUGAGAGCCUCAACUCUGCUUUCCAAGGUCUUCCUGCAGCACUUGUCCCCACUGCUGUCCCUCCCCACUUUUGCGGCUUUGUGGCUGACCAUCUUGGAUUUCAUGGACAAGUACAUGCAUUCCGGUUCCAGUGACUUGCUGCCAGAGGCAAUCCCUGAGUCAUUGAAGAACAUGCUGCUGGUGAUGGAUACAGCUGGAAUAUUCCAUAGCGCUGACUCACGAACAGGCUACUCGGAUCUCUGGGAGAUCACCUGGGAGCGCAUAGACUGCUUUCUGCCAAAGCUGCGAGAUGAACUCUUUAAACAGACAGUCAUUCAAGACCCAGUUUCCACUUUACCGGUAGAGAUGCAUCCUCCGAAACAAACAGUAUCCGUUCUGCCACAUGCCUCUGGAGGGGAUGCAAGGCCAGCCACCCACGCCGCACCUCCUGACAAGACUCCUGAGCUGGCAACGAAUGAUCCCGAGAGUGCCUCUGGCCCAGGCACAAGCCCGUCAAGCCCCUCUGGGCCACAGAUUCUCGCUCCAGCAGCACCCACAAAAGCCAGUUCAGUGAAAGAUCCUCCUCCAGCAAUGGCACAGCAACCUCUGAUCCUCCAGCCGCUGGCUUCCCCCUUACAGGUGGGGGUGCCGCCUAUGACUCUGCCCAUUAUUCUGAACCCAGCCCUCAUAGAAGCCACUUCUCCUGUGCCGCUCCUGGCCUCCCAGCGGCCCAGUGACCCCAUGACAACUUCUGAAGUCAACUGAGGGGCUGCAGAGGGCAGCUGGCUGCAGGGGUGUUAGCGUUACAGGAUUUGGGCCAUACUCCGUUGGGUAGAAGCCAUGCUUACUGUCAGGAAGGCCUGUGCAGAAGAGCAGCAGGCUGCUUUGCCAAGGUGGCUCUUUUCUCUGGUGAAACCCUAAGCCAAAAUCCUCAUCCCAGCGCAACUGUUGUAGAGUUCCCGACUCCUUUUGGACAGAGGGCAUCUCUGUGUUGGCCGUGGCCACUUUCUCUGUUCUUCAGAACUGAGGGCAGCAGCCAGGCUUUUCAGCACAGACCUGCAGCCUGUGGCCCAGACAGGUGGGAGCUCUUGGCAGAGGAGGGGGGGGGGGAGAGCAAAGGAACCAGUUUCCCCAAGAGAUCAAGCAGAAAAGCUUCCAGCAGGCAUGUUCUGCCCCGUUGCUUUCUUGUCUCUCUUCCUUGGCACUCGCCCAGAAGAUGGCUGUUUUCCAGGCCCCCCUUUGCCUCUUGCUGCCUCCCCGGGGCUUGAGAGUUGGGUAGCUUGGUCAGUGGCAUGCUGGCCUUCUGAGCUGAGCUUGAAAAGGCCAGGGGAUGUAGAGGCCUGGCCCCGAAGGAGGAUUCUCUCUGCAACACGAAGCGAGCAGCAGCAUCUUGACCAAAACCCUGCCCUGGAGCCUCUCCUCUUUUUAACGGGGUCUCCUUCAGGCUCGCAGCCUCCCAGGGAAAGAGAGGCCCUGAUGGGGGAUGGACAGUGCCUGGUUGAGAGGCUGUUGGGAGUGGGCAGGAAGCAGCCUCUACUGGACGUUCUAGGACUCCUUCAGGAAUCGGCUGCCAAGUUUCUCUCUGUUCCUUGCCAGCAGUCUGUUGCACUUUAGGAGGGUGCCACUGCCCUCCUGCACCACCGGCCUCUCAGCAUGAAACCAGAGAGUGCAACGUGUCUCAUCUAGUGCUUCCUGCCUCUUAUGCAUUAGACUACAGUUCUCCACAUUUACUGCAGAAUCCCAUUGGGGACUGAAGCCGGUGUCUACUGUGUGGAACAGCAGGUGACUGUGCAUUGUGUAUGUGUAUAUACACACACAUAUAUAUAUAAAGAGUCAGUUGACUUUUUACAGUGGAAUAAAUAUGAUCUGUAAAUGA